UUGAUAUGUAUUGAUAGCUUAAUCAGUGUUGAAUCAUUUUUGGAGUUCGAAAACAACAUUUCUUUGAACUGUGUUUUUGUACUAUUGGAUUGCAUGAAGAAGCUCUGCUGGGUCCUGAAACGAUCCAUAAGCAUUAAUUCCUGCUUAAAUUGUCAAUACCGGCAAAUUAAAAAUAUGGUAAAUACGGAAGCAGUAGAAGCGAUGAAAGCCGCGAAGGCAAUUGUUCCAUCACUACGGGACGACGGACACAAGGGAUCAUCUGGGAGGAUAGGUGUUGUUGGUGGCUCUCUUGAAUACACGGGAGCACCAUACUUCGCAGCAAUCUCGGCUUUCAGAGUGGGUUGCGAUCUAAGCCAUGUCUUCUGCUGUAAAGAAGCAGCACCUGUUAUAAAAUCCUACAGCCCAGAUUUGAUUGUCCAUCCAGUGCUUGAUGCUCCAGAUGCACCAGAUCAGGUGUUUCCGUGGUUGGAACGCCUUCAUGUGUUGGUUGUUGGUCCUGGAUUAGGUCGUAAUCCAAAAAUUUUGGAUUCAACAGCAAGAAUUGUCGAAGCAUGGCGUUCAGAGAAAAAGCCCCUUGUUGUGGAUGCAGAUGGCCUCUUCCUCGCUGGAAAGUACCCAGAUAUUCUGCGAAAUUAUCCUGGAAUACUUGUGGUUACUCCUAAUGUAGUAGAGUUCCCUCGACUGGUGAAAACAUUCUGUGAGACAUCUGGGUCAGAAGAAGACAAAACGGUUCAGGCAAAAUGUCUAUCUCAAGAACUAGGGCAAUUUUCAGCAAUUCUUCAGAAGGGACAAGAAGAUACCAUAACUUCUAGUGAAGGAUGUGUUUGGGCUGUGAAAGCUGGUGGUUCACCAAGGCGCUGUGGUGGCCAGGGAGACUUGCUGUCAGGGAGCUUAGCUACUUUCUUAUACUGGGCAUCACAGACUGCACCACCAGAAAAAGCUGGUCUUGUAGCAGCAUAUGCUGCUUGUAAGCUAAUACGUGACUGUAAUUCACGUGCCUUUGCUGAGAAGGGCAGAGGAGCAAUCACAUCUGAUAUGCUCCACUACAUUCCUGCUGUGUUUAACUGCUUAUUUGAAAAAUGAGAGCACUUCUGUUAUUGCACUGAAAAGAACACUUUUAUACCAAAGGUCCUGUCAAAUUUUCUGCAUGCUUGGUGAAAAAUGGUAUUUCUCAACCAGUGAUGACUGAAUGAUAUCUUUAUUUACAGAUUUUAAGAUACCUAUAAAGUUUGCUGGAGUCAUUGCUACUACAGGCAACUUUGAAAGCACAUAAUUUGAUGUGUUUGCUAUGUUUUGUGUGUUUUUUUUCCCUUACCAUUUUAUUAUUAUUUGAUUGACAUACGACUGCUGCAGAACUUAUCACAAAUUCUAAAAAACAAUAUUACAAAGAGGACUGGUUACUACUUACCGUAUAGAGGAGAUGGCGAGUCACAGACAGGUGCAAGAAAAAGACUACUAUGCAUGUGAGCUUUCGGCCAAAAGCCAUUCUUCUAAUGUAGAAAACACACACAAAUGCACACAACCUAUGUGGUCUGAUGCCUGGCCAGAGACAGUGGUUUUCAAUGUACAAGUUGUGCUUUUGUGAAUGUGUGUGUGUUUUGUUCAUUAGAAGAAAGCCUAUUGGCCAAAAGCUCACAUGUAUAACAGUCUUUUUCUUGUGCCUGUCUGUGACUCAGCAGCUCCUCUAUAUUGUGAGGAGCAGUCUAUCCCACUCAUAGUACAUUGUCAUAUUUCUGUCCUGAGUUUUCCAUUGCUUUAUCACAAAUUCUGAUUUUUCACUGUAUAUUUUGAACAUUGUGUCACAUAUUAUAGAAUGAGUAAAAGUCAUGAUUUUAUGUAACUGUAUUAUAUUUCUGUGCUUACUCAGAUUCCUCACUUGUACGAUGAUUUUAUUUGGAAGAGUUUUAUCUUGUAUCCACUUUCAUUAAUAACAAGGUUGG